ACUUUGUAUGUGUCUUUGUAGGUAUGUGUUACUGCAGCAACUCAUCAUGCAGUUUUUAUCGGGGUGGUGCAGGCUGUGAAAAAUGUUUCUGAUUCUGACGUAAGGCCAGUGUUGAACUGGACAACUCCAACCACUGUCUACAUUGACAUGGCACUGUACACAAUUGUCAGCUUGGACACGGCCCUGCAAACAAUGAUCUCAUAUGUCUGGUUCAACAUGGCUUGGCAAAACCAGUUUAUAUCUUGGGACCCAGCUAAUUAUUGUGGAAUUAAGCAGAUCUUGAUUCCUGGGACUGAUUUUUGGUUACCGGACCUCUACGUUUAUGAAAUGUAUCUUCUGCUGUGUGUGUAUGGCUGUCAU